AUCGCACUAUCAGUAGCACCAUCAUCAAUUAUUCUAAUCUAUAUGAGCCAAAAUGGGCGACUCUUCAAACCCAAAGCCUGCGACGCAAUACGAGCCAGAUCCGACUGCGUUUGUCCAAUUCCAGCGUGAGAUCUACGCCAGCCUUCGGAAACCCGCAUUCUCAACCAAACCAUCACAAUGGGAAGCGCAAGCGAGAAAGAUUCUACCAGAGCCCAAUUUCAUGUAUAUUUAUGGCUCCGCUAGUAGCGAGUCAACUUACGCUUCAAACGUUUCUGCAUUUGAGCGCUACAGGCUCCGUCCGUGGAUGUUGGUCCAAGCGACCCAUCGGGACCUCUCAGUGGAGCUCUUCGGAAAACUUUACAAGAGCCCGAUAUUCGCGGCACCGGUGGGCGUGCAGGAAAUUGCUCAUCAUGACGCGGAAGAGGCGACCGCGCGAGCCUGCGCUUCGGUUUCAGUUCCUAUGAUUCUGUCCACAGCUGCAACGAGAUCUAUUGAACAAGUCGCCAAGGCUAACGGGGACGGCGAUAGAUGGUUCCAGCUGUAUUGGCCGGUGCCUCAAGCCGAGGAAGUCACAGCAAGUCUGCUAAAUCGAGCUAAGUCGAACGGCUUCAAGGUUUUGGUGGUUACACUCGACACUUUCUUGCUCGGUUGGCGGCCGCGCGAUCUCGAUGAGUCCUACCUGCCUUUCGCAUGGGGACAGGGCUGUCAAAACGCCUUCACCGAUCCAGCCUUUCAGCGCAUGUACGAGAGGUUACAAGCUGCGGACACUAGAAGUGCUACCGAGAAGAUCGGCGAGAUAUGGAGUAUUCUCAAACGACCCGGAAGCCUGACUGGAGCCGCCAAGAUCCUUGCCAAUGCUGCAAUUAUGAAGAAGGCACAAUUGUUUAUGAGCUUGACUGCAUCGGGAGCUUACCGCGACUGGAACGAUUUGUCCUCGCUCAGGAAACACUGGGAUGGCCCGAUCGUACUCAAAGGCAUUCAGACCCUUGAAGAUGCCCACAGAGCGAUCGAGUAUGGCAUGGACGGCAUUAUAGUGUCCAAUCAUGGUGGCCGACAACUCGACGGCGCCAUCGCUUCCCUGGACGCUCUUGCAGAGAUUGGGGGCGACGAGAAGGUCAAAAGCUCGAACUUGACCAUCCUUUUCGACAGUGGAAUACGGACAGGAUCUGAUGUACUGAAAGCCAUCGCACUGGGCGCCAAAGCUGUUCUAAUCGGUCGUCCUUACAUCUACGGGCUCGCAAUGGGUGGCGAAGUAGGCGUCAAGCAUGUGCUCAGCUGUCUUCUUGCGGACACAGACAACUCGCUCGCAAAUUUGGGCAAGACAUCGCUGUCUCAAAUCAGCAGGAACGAUCUCAGAGUCAUCCAGUCUCUAGCGAAGUUGUAAACGGCGCCUUUGCUGAAAUGGAAUCAUGUACGCACAAUGGUACGUUAUGACUGCCAGUAGGAUGCAUGAUGUAUCGUAGACCACGAUCUUAAGAUUGUUCUCACACGGGCAGCAUGCUCACUUCAAUCAGAAUUCCGCGGGGAACCAUGUCGCAAUUUUCAAGCGCAUAUCCAAGCUUGUUGGAGCAUGCGAAAUCUUGAAAUCCAGUGGGAAGGCUGAGCUGGCCCUCUAAUUAAGACAUGGGGUUGAACAAUUGUUGGGACGGGAGUCACAGAGCUGCAAGGAUCCUCCGUUAGUGGUGAGAAUGAUCGAUAACACAUACGGAGGCCAUUGCAACUCUUCUAAGAGGGG